AUGGCUCAACCAGCAAACACUGGGCAAUUGGUUCGCCUGAACUGCACCCCGCAUCGCAUCUACGCAGACCGUCGUGAUCAAACUGUGUUCCUCCAGUAUCAAUACGCGAACUUCCUCUUAAUGUACGCCACCUGGAAGAUCUCCCAAGAACCAUGGUCGCAGGAAGCGCAGAACAACUUGGCAGCCAUCCGAGAGCAAUCAGUGAGACUCGAAAACUACUUCUUCAACACCUACACUCUCCGUGAUGUUCUUCGAGCAUAA